AUGCUCCAAAUAUCAAAACCUCAAAAUAGAAUUAGCACGGAUGUAGAAGUUAAAAGAAAUAAUGAUUAUUCCCAUCGUCAUAUCAGUAGAAGGAGUUGCCACGAACGCUUUGUCGGAGAAUUUGAAGGUCUUGAACCUUCCAAAGGGAACGCAUCCAUAAAACUGAACCACUUGCUGUAUAUGGACGACCUAAAGAACUUGCAACAGUCUGAUAAAUGCAGGUACGGCUGUCAGGACUCCGAAACAAUACAGCACGUAAUUGGUGGAUGCCAAGCAUUUGCUCCAACGGACUAUAAGGAGCGCCACGACAUAGCUGCCAAAAUCAUUCACCAGGAGUUGGCAUACAAAUUCAAACUGAUCGAAUGCAAGCUACAGUACUACAAAUAUACACCGCAAUGUGUCCUCGAGAACGACAAGUAUAAACUAUACUGGGAUCGUACUGUGCUUACGGACCAAUACAUAAACAAAACAGACCUGACAUAA